AUGCUCAAAUCCCUAAACACUUUCAUAUUCGGUCUAACUCCAGAGGAAAGAGUGCGUAAAUGGCAAGCGAAUCUACGCAAAGAGUCUAGAUUACUUGAUAGAGAGAUACGUCAAUUAGAUCAGGCAACGAACAAAACAAAGUCCUCUUUGAAGCAGUUGGCAAAAAGAGACGAUAGGAAAUCCUGCCGUAUUUUAGCAAAGGAAAUUGCACGCUCUAAUAAGCAAAAAGAGCGUUUGUUAUCUUCAAAGGUCACGCUCAAUUCUAUAUCGAUGCAGCUAUCAUCCCAGUUGUCGACAAUGAAAGUGACUGGUAGCUUACAGAAAUCAACAGAGAUUAUGAAACUAUCUUCAUCACUUAUUAAACUUCCUCAGUUAUCUAGCACUAUGUCACAGAUGUCACAGGAAAUGAUGAAGGCUGGCAUCAUGGACGAAAUGCUUCAAGAAACAAUGGACGCGCAUGACGAAGAGGAGGGUCUCAACGAGGAGGCUGACGAAGAAGUUGAUAAGGUUUUAAUGGAAAUAACUGGUGGAAAGCUCGACCAAAUUGGUUCAAUGGCUGAUAAAGAACUUCCCGUGCCAGAAGAACAAAAUCACGAUGAAGAGCUAGAAAGAAUGCAGAAGCAACUAGACGGCUUGUUACGCGGCUAA